UCAUCAGACGUUAGGUAUGUUGCUCGUUAAAACCAUCAACUCGAUGAUAUUAUGGGUUUUAUUAGUUCCAAGUUUGACGUUUUCCAUUGAGAUGGGGUUUGAUAAACGAUUAGAUCAUAGUUCAAGAGAUAUACUUCCAGACUUCUUCGGCAAACUACACGCAUCACCACCUGAUCAGUAUUUUGAACAGAAGUUGGAUCAUUUCAAUCUAAGCAAUGGAGAAACUUGGCGACAGCGUUACUGGGCCAACUGGAGAUACUACAUAGCAACGGGUCCGGCAUUCCUCAUGAUAGAAGGCGAAAAUUGGGCCCAUUCUGGCGAAGUUGUUCAUGGCCAAUGGGUAUCGUACGCAGAAAUCUUCAAAGGUGUUAUUUUCUAUUUGGAGCAUCGUUUUUACGGCCGAAGCGUGCCCAACAAUGAUACCAGCACCGAGAAUUUGGUUUAUUUGAGCAGCCAACAAGCAUUAGCAGAUAUAGCCUACUUCAUACAAGGAAUAACCAAGCAACACUAUUUGUCCGAUGAUAUCAAGUGGAUUGUAUUUGGAUGUUCGUACGCUGGGAAUUUAGCCACGUGGGUUCGUAUGAAGUACCCCUCUCUGGUACAUGGUGCGGUUGCUUCAAGCGCCCCAAUACUGGCCAAAGCGGAGUUUGGAGAAUACUAUCAAGUUGUCAAAGCGUCGUUGGACUCGUACCAUCCAAAUUGUUCCAGCAGAAUUGCCGAAGCUACCCAACAAUUGGAUCGUUUAAUCAAAACCGAAGCAGGUCGAAAACACAUCACUAAAUUAUUCCAAUUAUGUACCGAAUUGCAAGACAGAAUAAGUGACAUAGCAUCAUUUUUCCAUAUGUUGGCAAACCAGGUCGCCCAUGUCGUCCAAUACAACAUUGCUUAUCGAAAAUCGAACAAUGAAAAACCACCCAAGAGAUCGAUUGAGUAUCUAUGCGACAUUAUGACUUAUUCCAAUGCCUCAGCACUUGACCUAUACGCUGCUCUCCAUGUACUAAAUUUGGUGCAAAACCGUUGGACUUGCCGCGAUCACACUGAUAAGAAUUACAUCGAAACAUUGAAGAAAACAGACAUCAAAACCAUUCUUGGGGGAAGUAUGAAAAGACAAUGGUUUUACCAAACUUGUACAGAAUUUGGUUACUAUCAACGUUUGAGCACGACCUCGGAUACAUUUGGAAUUCACCUACUUUCAGAACAAGAUGUGAAACUAUGCGAGGAAGUAUUUGGUCCAGGAUUCAAUGAAACACGACUGAAAAAUGGUAUUUAUCGGACAAAUACUAUUUAUGGAGGAUUGCAAGUAAACGUUGGAAACAUCAUAUUCGUUCACGGAUCCAUGGAUCCAUGGCAUCCUCUUGGAAUAACUCGAGUUGAAAGCAAAAAUUCUCCUUACGAGGUCGUAUUUAUCAAUGGGACCUCACAUUGCGGUGAUGUAAACUACUACGAUAAAAAUAUCGACGAGGUCAAAGAGGCAAGAAAGAAAAUUCAAAAAAUCAUGCAAUCCUGGUUGCAAAAUGAAUGAACCUGAGGGCGAAGAUAUGAAAUUUGCUAUUCACAUCGAAUAGAAGUUAAGAUGCAUUAUUUUGACUCAUUGUACCUAAGUCUAGUCUUAUCUUAAGAUAUUUCUGAUGAUUUUAAUUCUGAGGAUCGCUUUUGAGAUGAUUGCAUCACACACACAAAUAAAAAUGUGAAAAAACGAAUAAAAUAAAAAUGUCAAUACCUACUGUACUUAUGGUGAAAAUACACAUUUCAUGUUUCAACUUGAGAGGUCGCAAAUACAUGUAAGAUACGAACCGAAUUUCAGAUUUUUUUUGGAAAGGAGGCUUUAACUAGAUUUUUUCAAAACUAGAGAAUUCAAAAACUCGCUGAAGGCUCCAAAACAGUUCAAAACCAUUCCCAAUCGACUCCGAUGGU